CCGAGUUUCAUUACAAGUUCUCAAAGUGACAGUAUUAGAUACUGGCAGUUUUCUAUGAAGUAAGAGUGACGAGUUGAUGGUGCGCCAAAACUUUUUUAACUGAUUGUUCUUUCUCUUUUUUGAGAGAUUUUCUGCAAAGAGUUGAAGCGUCCGUCAAUCACAGAAAACCAUGUCUGGAGAUAAUAGAAAAGUGGCCUUGAUAACCGGCAUUUCUGGACAGGAUGGUUCAUACCUGGCCGAGUUCCUUAUGAACAAAGGCUAUCAGGUGCACGGUAUUAUCAGAAGGGCUAGCACCUUCAACACGUCAAGAAUUCAACACCUCUACUCAAAUCCCACUUCGCACAAAGGAGGUUUAAUGAAACUGCACUAUGGUGAUAUGACAGACAGUAGCUGCUUAGUGAAGAUAAUAAGUCUGGUUCGUCCCACAGAAAUCUACAAUCUUGCUGCUCAGAGUCAUGUGAAGGUCUCAUUUGAAUUGAGCGAGUACACAGCUGAAGUAGAUGCGGUUGGAACUCUGAGGCUACUAGACGCUGUGAGAACUUGUGGCUUGGAGACAUCUGUUCGCUUCUACCAGGCCUCUACUUCCGAGCUUUAUGGCUGUGUGCAGGAGACUCCUCAGAAGGAGACUACUCCAUUCUAUCCCAGAUCUCCUUAUGCCUGCGCGAAACUGUAUGCUUAUUGGAUAGUGGUGAACUACCGGGAGGCGUAUAAUAUGUUCGCGUGCAAUGGAAUUCUAUUCAACCACGAGAGCCCCCGGCGUGGGGAGAACUUUGUCACGCGUAAGAUCACUCGAUCGGUGGCCAAAAUUCUGCUCGGCCAUCUUGAUUGCAUGGAGCUUGGAAAUUUGGACUCGCUGAGAGAUUGGGGUCAUGCCAAGGAUUAUGUGGAGGCAAUGUGGCUGAUGCUGCAGCAGCCAAGUGCCGAGGACUUCGUGAUCGCCACCGGUGAAGCACACAGCGUCAGGGAAUUCGUUGAAGCCGCUUUCAGCUACAUCGACAAGGAGAUCGUGUGGGAAGGCUCGGGUCUCAAUGAGAUCGGCAAGGAGAAAGACACCGGCAUUGUCAGAGUGCGUGUCAAUCCCAAGUACUUCCGACCAACCGAAGUUGAUAUGCUCCUCGGAGAUUCUACAAAAGCUAAAGAAAAAUUUGGUUGGAAACCAAAAGUAAAUUUCCAAGAUCUAGUAAAAUGCAUGAUGGAAGCUGACAUUCAGUUGAUGAAAACAAAUCCCAAUUUAAGAGUGUAACAAUUGAUAAAAUUUUGUGCUUACCAUUUUACCAUGAUCUCGUAAAGGACAUGAUGGAAGCGGAUAUAAAGCUGAUGAAGAGUAAUCCACAGGCAUAGAUGGCAAUGGAUAAAUACAGACUUUGUGUUCAAGUGUUAAUUUUCAAAUAUCAUAUAAUUUCUUGAUCCAUUGCGAAAUACAUGUCGGUGUGCAAGUGGAAAAUCAUGUCUGAUGCAAUAAUUGUUUUAGAAUUGACUAUUUUAUUGUAAUUACAAUUUAAUCAAUUUCAAAUUAUAUAAGCGGUAGGGAUCAUUAUUUUCGAUAUGGAAAACUUGUUGUGAUAUCAUGUCAUAAACCAUCUUCAUCGCGAAAACAAAUGAUUAGAAUCACUUUAAAAAGUUAUGUAAAUCUACAGUUGGAUAGGUUUGUAAAUCUUUACUAUCAUUGUGACUUCCUUAUAUUUGGGAGUGAAGUGGGAGUAAAUAUAAUUGUGUGUUAUUAUAAUAUUUUAAGUGUCAUUUCUAGCUUGCAAUGGAAUUAUAGACUAGUAAUAUUAAUACAAAUUAACUGAAGCUCAACAUAAUCAUAUUAUGAUAUCAUUGAUCAUAAGUAGUGUUACCAAUGCAAUGGGGAGCAGAAUGAUUUUUUUUUAAUUAAUUUUCAGCUAUUCAUUGGGAUCGAAGCACUUGCUUCAAAUUAUAGAUCUGUAGGCGAUUCCAGAUACUUCUUAUAGAUAUUCAUUUUUAAAUUUGAGACUUGAAAGUAAUGCAUACUUUUCUUGUAAUUUAAUAAAUUUCUAACAAUUUUAAUUUUCAUUGCUUUUUUGACAACACUGUGUAUAGCUUGACAGAAAUGUAGGGAGAGGAGAGGAUUAAGCCAAACUUAUCUAUACGGAUGGUUGAAUUAAUAUGAACGUUUUGAAUUUCUUCCUCUUGAAAAAAUACUGUAAUAUAGAGAAUAAUUAUUAAAUUACUGUAUUGUGAAUAAUAAUAAUAUUGUUAGUUGAAUGAAGAAUAUAUUAUAUUCUUCAUUCAAAUAAAUAUGGGCUAUUAGGGCACAUUCUGAAAAAUUUUAUUUCUUUUUUAGCAUAAUUAUCUUAAAUUAUUGAAUGUGAUUUUUAAAUUAUAUUAAUCAGAUAACUAUUUGUUGAGCUUUUUUAGAUUACUUAACAUUUUGGCCAUUAAAAAGCGGAAACGCUAAAAACGCACUUCUAUCUGAACUGUACUACUGUACUUGAUUUUAUAUAGUAUAUUUUAUAGACAAGCAUUUAGGAAUUAUAAAAAAAUAGUUGAACUGUUGAAUCUUUUAUAACAUUUGAAAACUGUAAUCUCCCAUUCUAGCCUCUCGCAACUUAUUAUAUAACUAAAAAACUUCCAGUAAUUGUGCGAUCUAAUUUUCCUUCCAAGUAGGCUACUAUUUAGUAAAAUGUAACAUUCAUAUUUACCUCUCAUUUACAUCAUAAUCAUUCUGUAAAUCAUGUAUUCAUUCAUAAUAAAAUAUAUUAUCCAGUUUAAAAUUAUAGCUGAUUGAUUCUAAGAAUCAUUUGAAAAGACUUGUUUGAAGCCAAUGAAUUUGGAAUUAACAAAAUAUAAUAUAAUAAUGUGCGUCUAAGAAUAUAUAUUUGUAUGGACUGCAAUAAAAAUAAUUUAGGAGAAAUGUUGCACAUUUCGACCUAAUAUUUGUAGAUUGAUAAAAUUGUAAAAUUUGAAAAUGAUUAAGUUUGUAGAGUGAAUAUUGAUGUUGUGAAACUUUUCCAUACGGUAAUUAAUUGAAGAGACUUGAAAUGUGAUAUGUGAGCAAACACGAAAGCAUGCUCCUGUGGAAUAAUAAUUUUUAUUAAAAUAAAGUGGAUUUUUUGACAACAUUUCAAGUCUCUUCAAUCUUGAAAAUUGAAGUGAUAGAAUCUAACAAUUAUUAUUAAAAAAAAAACAUUCCGAAAUUUGUGCAUUUGGAAUUUAAACUAAAAUGUAAUGCUUCCAUUACAACAUUUUAUAAAUUUUAUUAGCAUGUGUAUUCAUUUAUAAAUGUUAUUGUUGUAGAUAUGGUUUUUGUUUAUUGUGUUUGAUAAAUUUAAUCUGUAUUGAAAAUAAUAUUUAUGAUUGACAGCA